AUGCUAGUUGAUUUUAUCAACCAGACCCACUUUGGCCAGUAUGAUUUUCUGUACCUGAGAAUGGACUUUAAAAAUAAAUGCAAUGUAGGAUAUGCCUUUAUAAAUUUUACAGAGCCACUUUCAGUGCAGAGCUUUUACUACAGAAUAAAUGGGAAGAAGUGGAAGAACUUUUCAAGCGGAAAGAUUGCAGAGCUAACAUAUGCAACGGUGCAGGGAUUUGACAAUUUAGUUAGGAAGUUUCGAAACAGCAGUAUAAUGGGGAGGAUAAAAUGUUUAGACCUAAGAUUUUCUACAGGGAUGGGCCACUACGCGGCUUCGAGAAGGGUAAAUUUGAAUAAAAGCUAA